AUGACCACCCGCUGCUCACCCACCACCCUCAGGAGUCAAGACCUAGUGCCGUUUCUCGAGAUGCCCUACCGCCAGCUACAGCCUCUUGCUGAUCUUGAGAAGCUCGCCUCACCUAGGCUCCUCGCCACCCACAUGCCGAUCACAUUGCUACCUCCGUCCGUGUCUAACCUUGGAUGCCGUGUUGUGUACCUGUGCCGCAAUCCCAAGGACGUGUUUGUGUCCUUAUGGCACUUCACCAACAAGGUAGGCGUGGACUACACCAUGCCCAUGGAUAAAGCAUUUGAGUUGUUUUCUCAUGGGCUAUCCCCGUAUGGGCCUAUAUGGGAACACAAUCUUGGUUUAUGGAAGAAAAGCAUAGCGGAGAGCGACAAUGUCCUUUUCUUGAAGUAUGACGAGAUGAUGGCCGAACCAGUCAAGCACGUCAAGAUGCUCGCCAAGUUCCUCUGUGUCCCCUUCACCGAGGAGGAGGUGAGCCGUAGAGUCGUGGGGGAUGUCGUGCACCUGUGUAGCUUCGAUAAGCUCAAGAGCAUGCCAAUCAAUUCAUCAGGAGCAAUUGAUCGGAUUGGCGGGCUGCCAAUGGAGAACUCUGCCUACUUUAGGACCGGAAAGGUCGGUGACUGGGCAAACCACUUGACGGAAGAGAUGGCAAAGAAGCUGGAUGCCAUUAUUGAGGAGAAGCUGAGAGGAUCUGGUCUCAUAUUUUGA